CAAUCUCCCCUCUCGGCAUUGAAUUCCAUGUUAGUCAUCCAAAACCACGUCCACGGCUUUUCUAGGGGUGCCCUUACUUCAUGAAAGUAUUUUCGCCAGGAUAUGUCUAGAACUCACAGGCGAUCCGAUCCAGGCAUGACGGCUAUCUUCUGCGCUUAUAAGAACCCGACCCUACACUUCUCCUGCCGAGUUCAUCCCUCCUCUUGGUUCAAUACCUCGGGCAACGACGUCUGACUUGUAAUACUUGUCACUCCCACUUCACGAACAAAAGUCAUCAUGACCUCCUACUUCCGUUCCAUCUUCGGUGGAGGCUCGUCCCCUAAUCACGACAAGUCCCAUUCACGCUCACGCUCUAACCCUGCAAAUUUCUUCUAUGGACCACCAGCUGGUUCAAGUUCUUCUUCACGCCUGAAGACAAAACGAAGCAAUAGCUUCAGUGCUACGACAGCUCCAUCUCCACUGCGAUAUACCACGUAUGACGGUGCCAGAGACAUGAGAUACGGUACUCCGUCGAAAGCUGAGAAGGUGCCGCUCUACAGGCGUUCCAGCUACAAGUCAUCCGAACAUCUCGGGCACUAUCCUUUGUAUAAUUAUGCACCUCCCGUCUCUUAUGGUGCAUCUUCCCGCACCAGCUCCAGUUCUUCUUCUGGUUUUCCGAGCAUGCACCCAGGCACGCCGUCUAUGGCAUCUCACGCUCUCCAAUACGAUAGACGGCCUUCUAUGCAGCAGCGUCAUACUUGGGAGAGCAAUAUCUCAUCUGCGACUGGAUCGGCCAACUCAUAUGGAAUGGAUCCGCAUGGGAGACGCGCACCUGCACUGCAUAUGCAUCCGCUCUUUGCCUCCACUCGACUUCACUCUCCACCGAUAAAUUACGACGUCACAUACGCCCCUUCACCGCGAACAGUACUCGACCGCACCACACAUUCACCUGUUGAUUCACAUACAUUAUCUCAACCUGCGACAGACCCGCCAACUCCAGUAUCAUCUCGCAUCCUACUCCGCUCAGAUAAGUUCCCGUGGCCUGUGGUUGUUGGGUCUUGUCAAAGUGGGCGUUCCCCAGAUAUCACUAAUCUCGACCUUCUUCACGCAUUGCAUGAGACGCUUCUCACGAGAGUCACUCCUCAGGAGUGGGAAGCCCUGGGUAAUGGAAGCAGGGCACAGCGGAAAGUUACGCAGGCGUACGAACAGCGGUGCACCAAGUUGGGAGGUGGAUGGGAAGGUGGAGUGCGACGCGUGGAUUGGUUGCAUGGGAAGACUCGUUUGAUCGGAAUCGAAGUGGAGAAGUAUGGUCCCGGCGUCGGCUCCGGAAAACUCGUGUUUGGCAAGGCUUGAAGCCGAGAUUUUCAACUUUUGCGAUCGACAGCAUCCGAGGCUCAUUGUGGUUUCCUUCUUGAUAUCCCCUUAUACCUGCGAAAUAUUUCGCGGCACAUACAUAGACCCGUGACACCUCUGCGGACUUCAUGAUUAUAUAGUAUACUUAGGCAUCAGGCAUUUGUAUGGAUUUAU